GGCAAUGUCCCAGGCCGUGCAGUUCCCAUGGUGCCGUUCUUGUCCCGUUGCAACAUGGCCCUGCGGAGGGUGCUGGCGCUGGCAGCAGCCCUGGGGCGCCGCAGCUGCUGCUCCAAGCCCUCGCUGCCCCCUGCCUUCGUGGAGGCCCUGAGGGCCGUGGUCGGGGCCCCCAAUGUCUCCACGGCCACAGCGGUGCGGGAGCAGCACGGCCACGAUGAGUCCAUGCACCCGUGUGCCCCCCCGGACGUGGUGGUGUGGCCCCAGGCGGUGGAGCAGGUGCAGGAGCUGGCAGCCCUCUGUCACCGCAGCCGCGUGCCCAUGGUGCCCUUCGGCACCGGGACCGGCCUGGAAGGAGGCGUCAAUGCCGUGCAGGGCGGCGUCUGCUUUGACCUGAGCCGCAUGGACGCCAUCGCAGAGCUGAGCCUCGAGGACUUCUCGGUGGCGGUGGAGCCCGGUGUCACCCACAAGGCCCUCAAUAAGCACCUGCGUGGCACCGGGCUCUGGUUCCCUGUCGGUAUGCUGAUUCCAGGGCAGUAGCAGAGGGGUUGCCAUGGUUCCUGAGGUUCUGGAAAGGAUGGAUAGCCAGGACCAGGAAUACUUGGGGUCAUGGGCUACCAUCCUCUCUGCCACACCAAACCCACAGGUCACGUUGUGACCAUGGCCCCUGGCAAGGUGCUGUGAUGGAGACUCAUCUGAUACUGGUUCUACGGCCAUGUGGCCCUAGUGCCCUGCACUACCACCCCUCAUUUCCCCCCAACCCUCUUAUAGGCCCACCCCUUGUGUCCCAUUAACCCUCUGUGCACCAGCAGUCUCCACAGGCUAGUUUUUUAGGAGGACAGGA